AUGCUGUAUAAUUUCCAGCAGCAUGCGCAGCAUCAGCACCCCUCCCAGCCCCAGCAUCACCAAGGGCUACAGCACGACCAUAUCCUUCCCAGCGCCAAUGGGCUGGGCCAUCACUCAUCCUUCGCUUCCGGUAUCCUCUCAAGCUCUGCCACAUUCAACUCUGCCGGCCUCUCAAACGGGCACGCGACCAAUGCUAGGGCAGGGCAGGCUCCGCAGAAUGAAAUGUGGCAAGAACAGUUGCGACUUCACAAGGAGGCAGAGAGGGCGCAUGCUGCCAUGACUGAACAGCAGCAGCCGCACUAUUAUGCCAGACUUAAAGCGUCAGAAAACAGGGGCAUUGGCGGCCCUCCUCCCUCCAACGGUAAGACCCAGGCGGACAGCGAGAACGAUCCGGCAGAUAUGAGAAGGCCGUUGAAUGUGGAGAAGGGCACGAAUCGCCAAGAUUGGCACAAUAUGGACAUGAGCGGUCAGGGACUGCGAAAUCUCGCCUCGGAGCUCUUCCGGUACCAUUUCCUAAACGAACUCUACAUCGCCUCCAACAAGCUCACUCGUCUCCCCAACGCAAUUGGAGAGCUUCGCCAACUCCGACACCUCGAUGCUUCUUUCAACCAAAUCAGCGAACUCCCCCCGGAAUUGGGCAUGUGCACUUACCUCAAGCAGCUGCUUCUUUUCAAUAACAACCUUCAAGAGUUGCCCUUUGAGCUUGGCUCUCUUCAUCAGCUAGAAAUGCUCGGCAUUGAAGGCAAUCCAUUAGAACCCAGCAUAAAGCAGGAAAUAAUUGAAAAGGGCACAAAGAGCCUAAUCAAUGCUUUGAUGGAAGGAGCUCCAAUUCCUCUCCCCCCUAGCCCGCGAAAAGAAAUCAUCAUUCAGGAGGACGUGCCCGAAUCUCUAGAACGAAUCAGGGUCUUUUCAUGGAAUAUUCUCUGCGACAAAUAUGCGACAACGCAAACGUAUGGUUACACGCCCACCGGGGCUUUGAGCUGGGAGUAUCGCAAGAACUGCAUCCUGGAAGAGCUGCGGAUACGAGAUGCCGACUUCCUGGCUCUGCAAGAAGUCUCCACCGAUGCCUUCAAAGAGGACCUCAGCCCUGAAUUGGCGCAGAUGGACUACAAGGGUGUACAUUGGCCCAAGUCUAGAGCCAAGACAAUGUCUGAAAAGGAUGCCCAAACUGUUGAUGGUUGCGCCGUGUUCUACAAGCAGAGCAAAUUUAUCCUGCUCGACAAGCAGUUGAUUGAAUUUGCUACAAUUGCCAUCAACCGACCUGACAUGAAGAACCAGCAUGACGUCUUUAACCGCGUGAUGCCAAAGGACAACAUUGCUGUUAUUUGCUUCUUUGAGUCCCGACUGACUGGUGCUCGCAUCAUCCUGGUCAACGCACAUCUAACGUGGGACUCGGCACUAGCAGACGUCAAGCUGAUCCAGACGGGUAUUCUUAUGGAGCAUGUGACCAAGUUGGCAGAGAAGUACGCAAGGUGGCCUGCUGUCAAAGACAAGAAGAUGAUUACAUUACCGAGAGGCGAGGACAGUGACGAGCCACCACCACCGCCGCAAGCUGAACCAGGCCCCAGCCAAGAGUACCGAUCCAACACUGACAUUCCACUCAUCGUCUGUGGUGACUUCAACUCAACGAAAGAUUCCUCGGUGUGGGAGCUCAUGUGUAUGGGUCGCGUGCCGCCAGACCAUACGGAGCUGACCAGCUUCCACUAUGGAAGCUUCACUCGCGACGGUAUUGAACAUCCUUUCAGCUUACGAGACUCCUAUGCACCCAUUCAGAACACACCGGACGAGCUUCCCUUUACCAACUACACGCCCGGGUUCGCCGACGUCAUCGACUACAUUUGGUAUUCAGCCAACACCUUGGAAGUUGUCGAGCUGCUGGGCCCUCCCGACCCGACAUAUAUGAAGCGUAUCCCAGCUUUCCCCAACUGGCACUUCCCGGCCGAUCAUAUCCAGAUCAUGUCUGAAUUUGUCAUCAAGAACCGCAAAGACAAGAAACAAGUGUCAGAAUAA